UGUGCAAUUUCAGAUGCGUUGUCAUAGAUAAUUUGGUUGAUCAGUCAGCCCGUUAUUGUUAUGGAUGUGUGGUGUGGAGGACCCAAACGCACGCUCACGCAGCAGUUUUCAAACUCAAAGUGAGGACUUUAUUCUCCUAAAAUGCAAGGGGAAAAACAGCAAAGAAUAAAACAAACAAAACAACCACCAGAAUUGUCCAGCGAAUCCAGAAGACUCUCUUCCUUUGCUGGAGUCGGGAGGGCAACUGGACCGGACUCGGCAUAAACUAGGUGUUUCCAACAGCCGGAGGAUUCCUUCCCGUAAACAGAAGGAGAAGUUCGCCCUGGGAAUCAUUACACUCUUUCCUUCGCUAAAGGAUCCCUUUUCUCCAAUUGGCUAUGUAAGUUUUAAAAAAGUAUUAUUUACAGACUAGAGUUUUGGGGUUUUCUUCAAAACACCAAUAGAAUAGAUAUACAAACAAAACACAGAACAUAUUAUAUAUAUUUGAUGGACAUUGUUAAAAGGUUAAUUUAAGAAAUGAUGUAAAAUCGACUUACUUAGACUGCAAAAAAUAAGUGUAAAAGCAGUACAUUUACUGAAUUCUGCUGGUUACCUUGGAUAUCUGCACCACAUUUCAUGGCAUUCCAUCCAAAUAUUUGCAUAUUCUGGAACACGGUGAUCAAAGGCACAGAACUUAUAGCACUAGAACACUCAGUUAGUUCCCUUAGAUAUACUGCAGUCUUGAAGCAACAAGCACUAGAAAGGUGUUAGAAAGGUCUUCAGCAGUCUUCUUAUAAUGGGCAAAAUAUUAGGAAAGCUCUUCAAAGCUGAGGAGAAGGACGUCAUCCCUGGAGAAGUAAAUAGAGAAGAGACUGAAGAUGGGGAAAGCCGACAGAGGGGGGAAAGCAGGCAACUGGACCCCAUCUCCUGUGAGGAUAUUAGUGUCGUCCCUGGACGACUAAAAAGGAAACAAACGGAAGAUGGGGAAAGCCUACAGAGGGAGAAAAGCAAGAGACUGGUCCCCAUCCCCUGUGAUAAUGAGUUGAAAUCCAACUCAAAGGAUAUUAGUGUCGUCCCUAGACGACUAAAGAGAAAACAAAUGGAAGCUGGGGAAAGCCUACAGAGGGAGAAAAGCAAGAGACUGGACCCCAUCCCCUGUGACAAUGAGUUGAAAUCCAACUCAAAGGAUAUUAGUGUCGUCCCUAGACGACUAAAGAGAAAACGAAGGGAAGAUGGGGAAAGCCUACAGAGGGAGAACAGCAAGAAACUGGUCCCCAUCCCCUGUGACAAUGAGUUACUGUCCAGCUCAAAGGACAUUAGUGUCGUCCCUAGACGACUAAAGAGAAAACGAAGGGAAGAUGGGGAAAGCCUACAGAGGGAGGAAAGCAAGAGACUGGUCCCCAUCCCCUGUGACAAUGAGUUACCUUCCAGCUCAAAGGAUAUUAGUGUCGUCCCCAGACGACUAAAGAGAAAACAAACGGAAGAUGGGGAAAGCCUACAGAGGGAGAAAAGCAAGAGACUGGACCCCAUCAACUGUGAUAAUGAGUUAACAUCCAACUCAAAGGAUAUUAGUGUUGUGCCUAGACGACUAAAGAGAAAACAAACGGAAGCUGGGGAAAGCCUACAGAGGGAGAAAAGCAAGAGACUGGACCCCAUCCCCUGUGACGAUGAGUUGCCAUCCAGCUCAGAGGACACUGAAAGCAGAAACGCACCCGAGGCGGCUCUGAGCGAGAGAAGCGCUAAGAGGAAGUCGGUCGCCGAUGACGGACCGGUUCAGAAGGAGAUCAAGUUUCUAGACCCGUCAGCCAUGUUUAAGGCCAAGUACCAACUGCAGCAGAAACUUGGCCAAGGAGGAUUUGGAUGCGUGUAUGCUGGCUAUCGCAGAGAGGAUAAUCUGCCUGUCGCCAUCAAGCAUGUUAACAUAGACGAAGGGCUCUUCCUUCACCAAGAUAGUGAUGGGAACCUGAUGCCCAUGGAGAUCGCGGUCCUAUACAAACUAGGAGUCGAAUCAGAGCGGCAUUCAGCACACAUUGACCUACUGGACUGGUACGUUGUGGACAAGGAUCUGAUCCUGGUGCUGGAGAGACCGAUGCCGGCCGUAGACCUCAGCCACUACGUUGACGACAAAGGAGGCUUCUUGAAGGAAAAGGAAGCUAAGAUUAUAAUUACGCAGUUGGUGAAUGCAGCCAUUGACCUCCAGGAGAAGCACAUUUUCCACCGGGACAUCAAGCCGGAAAAUCUCCUUAUUGAGACCUGCAUGAACGCUCUGCGAGUUCGCGUCAUCGACUUCGGUCUGAGCUGCUUCGGCGGAGAAAACGACGCCUAUGACACCUUUUAUGGUACUCACUUCCCCCCAGAGUGGUUCAGUCGGCAGGAGUACAAAGCGGGACCCUCGACAGUAUACCAGAUCGGAGUGGUCCUGUUCUUCAUGCGACACAAGGUGGCAUCUCCACCGGCGAUGACCCUUCUGGACCUGAAGGAGACUAGAUGGCUUUCCGAAAAUGGCAAAGAUUUCUUUGAGGCGUGUAUAUGUGCGGACCCGGAUAUUCGUUUCACCCUGGAGCAACUGAGGAAUCACCCGUGGCUGAGAUAGUAUCACACACACACACACACACACGUCUUAAUUUAAAUUUAAACCCUUACGCCCUUCACUUAUUCCUCAUACGUCUGACAAUCAAUUUUUACCCCCUGUCAUCGUAACACCAGCCGCGCAGAUCAGCUGGUCCACUCUAUUCAAUAAGCACAAGGAAACAAUGAUAUGGUUAGCCUAUCAUCUUGCUGCUGUCAAAUUUAAAUGUGACUGUCUCUCUACCGUCAGUUCAUUCAUGUUGCUGUUAUGCACAAUUCAUGCCGCUAAAAUGCGCGCUCCGCAUUCAUUUCUUUCAAGGUGAAGACAAUAAUCACAACGUCGCACCCGGAUCUUCUCCUCGAUAAUAUAAAUAUGGGCAGACUGCGGCCAGGAGCCUAGUCGCUGCCCAAACCGUAACAUUGUUCAAUCUCUGGCAUUUCCCUGUUCGACGGGAGAAACAUUACCUUAAAUCCCAUUAUAGCGGCGGGCCUCAAAUAAUCUCUCUACUAUAAAGGCUGGUCCCAUCAUUUCCAGUCAAGAUGACUCAAAAGAUUUGAUCAAUACACAAUUCAGCCAAUCACGUAUUCAGCUAAUUAUUAUAAAAUAUGGGCAGACUGCGGCCAGGAGCCUAGUCGCUGCCCAAACCGUAACAUUGUUCAAUAUGUGGCAUUUCCUUGUUCGACGAGAGAAAC